AUGGCCGCAUGUGUUGUUGAAGAGGCAUCAGUGGCAACACCAAUCUAUUGUCAGACAACACAUACAAUGGAACGAUCACCAUCAUCAUCACCAUCGUCAUUGGAAGCGAGUGCUAAAACAACGCCGAAGUCUGAAAAGCAUCUAUGUUUGUUUAAUUUUCAUACGAAUAAUGUUCAUAUUGAAUCAGCAUUAAUGAUAAAUCAAGAAUCAACUAGAAAAAGACGAUUGAGCCAAACUGAUAUGUGCAAUAAAGUUUGUGAAGCGCCAAGAACAGUAACGGAUAAUAGUUGUCGACCAAAAAAUGAUUUAAGAGAUAAAAAUCUUGAAAGUCCGAUAACACCCACUCGACCAAAAUCUUUAUUUUUAACAAAUACUACAAUCGAUCGUCCAUUUUCACAUUUACGCACAUGUCUUAGUAAUUCAUUGGCAACAUCUGAUACUUUGUCUCCAACAAAUGAGAGUACAUUUUCACCAUUAACCUUGAGAUCAUUGCCAGAAAUUUUUUCUCCACCGACAAAACGUCUCCGCCCACAAACAUUAACUUUUACAUCAAUAUCUCCUUCUAUUAUUGCAAGUCCCAUAAAACCCAUUUCUGUAGCACCAAAAUUAUCAUCAAUUAAUUUUAUAAGUCCAACUGAAUUAGCUGAUAAAUUGAAAGAAAAGAUUCCAUUAACAAUAUUUGAUUGUGGUUCGCCAUUUCGUCAUAGUGAACAUCGUAUUCGUAAUUCGAUUCUUCUUCGUGUUGCUAAUAGAAUUUCUCGUAAACGUUUAAAAGCAAAUGUAAAUCAACAAUCAACUAUCGAUAUAAAACAAUUAAAUGAAAGUCAAUGCAUUAUAUUAUACGAUGAUAAUGCAAAUAUUCGUCGUCAAAUUUCAACUACAUCAGCUGAUAAUCAUAAUGACGAUGAGCAAUUAUCAUCAGCAUUGAAAUGUGCAUGUGAAGAAGUUCAACGUUAUCUUCGAAAUAGUUUACCUCCAAUUCUUAUUCUAAAUAGUCCAUUUAAUCAAUUUUUUGAUUUGUAUCCAAAUCUAUGUGAAUCUUUACAACCACGUUCGUGCCCAUCGUCGCCAAUUAAUCAUAUUGAUGAAUCAUCAAUUCCGCAAACAGCUCCACCUGUACACAAUUCAUUUUUACUGCCAACAACAACAACAGCAACAAUAACACCAAGUCAAAAUGAUAUUGAUAAUUUUCCUAUGACACAUAUUAUCGACGGUUUAUACAUUGGCAGUGAAUCAAAUGCAAGAAAUCUCGAAGAAUUAUCUCAAGAACAAAUUCGAUGUAUAAUCAAUGUAACAUCUCAUGUACCAUUGUAUCAUUCUGAACAUUUUCAAUAUUGUCAUUUACCUGCUGAUGAUACGCAGAAACAAAAUUUAUUAGAACAUUUCGAUCAAGCCUAUUCAUUUAUUCAUGACGCAAUGGAAAAGAAUGAAAAAAUUCUUGUCCAUUGCGUUGCUGGCAUAAGCCGUUCACCGGCUAUCGUUAUCGGAUUUUUAAUGCGUUAUGCCAAAAUGAAUAUGAAUGAUGCAUACGAUUUCGUGAAAAGAAAACGUUCAAUUGUUUCGCCGAAUCUCAAUUUUAUGGGGCAAUUAUUAGAAUAUGAAAAAAAACUUAAACAAGAAAAAUAA